AAAACUAUUUAGAGAUUCAAAUUCAUCCCUUUAGGAGAGAUAAAUCGUUGCAAGCGCUUGUGACAAGCGUUUGUGCCAAGGCUUGUGACAGUCAUCUUUGGGUAAUCAUCGAUCCAAUAAGGGUGCAGGGAACCGUAGCCACUCAAAAAACCAAGACGCACUUUUGUUCAUAGUUUAUUUAUUAAGUCCAGAAUUUAUAAUAAUGGGUGGACAAUUCUUAGGAUCACAGCUUGGGGGAAAAUUCUUUAUGUACCCAACCAGAGAAACAGGGGAUUCUAACGAGCCAGUAAACUCCAAAAGGGGAAAAUUCAGUUUCACGGGCGCUCUCCCUGGAAUCUUUGUCCCCCAUUGUCAUGGCCCUGCCAACGUCACUUUUAGAACAGCAACAACAACAUAUUCUUAUUAACUGGCACUUGGGAACUGCUGAUAUGGUCAAAGGAUAUUGUCAGUCGAUGGCCGUCGAUAGCAACAUGGUUCAUGUGUAACAAGACGGGGACGUAACAAGAGCAGUCAUGCACAUAUCAAUCAUAUGUUGGCAUAAUCGUUGAUUUAUCAAAAUCCCUUAACGAUAACAGAGGACCUAGUAAAUCUUUUCACUCGACCAAAGGCAAGAUCACCCAAGGAUAACCCCUGAGCCUUUACACUUUUACCCAGAGCUAAUAAAUCAAAUCCAAAAGAUCAAAUACUUUGGCGAUGAUUUACAGCGAUGACUGUUUACACGUACUCUUUAGCAUCAUCAGAUGGCGCCAAGUGCUCUUUCAUACUCUUCUGCUAUUUCUGGCUCGCAUCGAUCAAGCCUUUGCCAACGACCAUCAGUCGUGACACCACUGAAGUUACUAUUCAGCCAUUAUCAGCUUGUUCAAUGUGUGAAUAUCGUCUACAAAUAUCGAGGAUUCUCCGGUAUUACCUCUAGAAGAUUGUAUUUGACAGAAGUUGUUCAACGGAUGAUGACGCUUGGAAUAAACAAAGUUGUUUAGACGAGAAGGAAACGAGGACUACGUCAUCUGACGUCGACUGCAGUAGUCAGUCUAUUUUGUUUGUUAGCUGUUCAAGUUACAUGUAACGUGGUAACACCACUUUGUGAACGUUAAGCUGUCAGAUUACCCACUAUUUUACACAUUUGGUUAAAAAACGAUGGAUUUCAGAGAGAUUUGCUUCCUGUUUGUUAUGUUGGCAAUUCACCGGACUUUGGUUGCAGACAAUUGCCCAAGCCGUCGACGCUGUCCAGCCAUUCCAGUUAGGCCGGUUUGCGGAACGAAUCUUAAAACCUACAACAACCUGUGCAUGCUUCGUCUUGACAAAUGCAACGGGAAAGAUGUCGACUUGGCCUAUCGCGGUGUUUGCAAAAGCUGUGAAGAAGACAUACGCGCGGUUAUUCGUUUGGCAGUUAAGUCAUUUUUCAAAGAAAGGCGAAAACGAAAUGGUAGAAGAGAUCGCAGAUCUCCUUGCUCGAAUAGAGAGCCGCGUAUUUUCGACCCAUCAGUCCAACUGAAUUGUCUUCAAUGGAAGUUUACCGUCUCGGAUACAAAUGCAGACGGUUUACUAACAGGCAGGGAACUAUAUCCAACGCUGAGGGCAAUAAGAAGACACUAUGGCGACAAAAGGUGCCUAAGAAGGGUUAUCAAAUACUGUGACAAAAAUAAAGACAGAAAAAUAACUUCAAAUGAGUGGAUCGCGUGCAUGCGCACUCCAGUUGACCUUACAAAGUGCCAAAUAAUGCGCGAGAAUGCUCUUAAGAGGAUUUCUUCUGGGAUUGGACAUAUUGGAGGUUAUGUGCCAAAGUGCACAGAAAAAGGGACAUACGCGGCGGUGCAGUGCCACAACCUCACUGGGUUCUGCUGGUGCUCUACUGGUGAUGGCAGGCCAAUACCUGGCUCCUCUGUCAAAUACAAACAACCAAAUUGUACCAUAUCAGCAAACGCAUCCUGCUUCAAGUCAUUAAUCUCUGCACUGAGAGUGAUCAGUCAUUCACAACGAGGCUCCUACUACGUGCCGCGAUGUGCCGAUGAUGGUUCCUUUCAGCCUGUUCAAUGCCACGUCAAGGCAGGCUACUGUUGGUGUGUCAAUAACUACGGGCAAAAGAUUCCUGGAACAAGCAGAGCUAUGAGAUACGGAAAGCCGAAUUGCUCGGUGAAAUAUAUUCCGAAAACAUAUAAAGGUUGUUCAAGAAACCAUCUAAAACAACUGGCAGAGAGAUAUCUUCGACAAAUUGAAGAGGAGACAAAAAAAGAUGACGCAUCCUAUAUAAAACAAGGAAUAAGUUUCUUGGAAAGUUUGACAGCAAUCACGAAGACAGAUCGAUUAUUAUUGUGGAAAUUUAAAAGAAUAGACACUAAUAGAGACUCAACAUUAACGAAAUCAGAGCUAGCAGGCACUGAGAGAAAAUGGAACAGAUUAUCAACAGACUGCACUGCAGAAUUCACCAAGGAAUGCGACAAAGACAGAAACAGCAAUGUGACAUGGUCUGAAUGGAAAAGUUGUUUUCAUGAACGGUUGGAGUACACCCCAACUGUCAUGGAAGUUUCAGCGACCACAACAGCAGCAACACAUGUUUGCAAGCCAAUGCGAAUAUGCCUGCUCUCUUGUACGGCCGGAUACCAACGAGACCAACAUGGCUGCCUGAUAUGCAAAUGCCGAGGCCUUUAUUCUCUCUUCAAAAAAACGGACUAAAAGCUUUUGUAAAGGAAACUUCCUCACAAGCAGAAGAGCUAAUGGGUUGUCAGCCUCAGGUCGGAAAUACAACCUUUCCGCGACAAGAGCCGGGAUUGCCGAAAGGGGAGUAUUCGAUUCGCUAAAACCGCUGCUAAAUGAAACUAGAGCGGACAGAUCUGCAGUCGAAGUUCCCAGAUGACAAUAAUAUUUAAGCAGAGAAUUAUCUGGCUCAGAAUGUUUGCAAGACGAAGUAGGCACAAACUACAAUAUACGAAAUGAUGUAUCGUUGUCUAGUAUUGUCCCAUAGAGAUGACACCAAGUCAAAAAGACUUUCUUCUCUGGGAUUUCUGGAAUCGUAUUUAUGUAACUGCUUCUCAACAGAACUGCCACUGAUUAGAAUAUACGGCCAAACUUUAAUUAACAGAAAGAAGUUUAUUAAGAUUAUGUUGGUUUGUUGCUAUUUACUUGGUGUUUUUAGUGCAACGGUAACCAAGUUGUAGAAAUUUCUGUCUUCAAUUGAAGCAACAUUUGGGUAAAUUUUGAUCAUCAAAAAACUAAGCCCUAUACAUUCACACUGGAUUAAAGGCGGGGGAGUUGAAGAAUGGAUUGAGUACCUUGUACAUCGAUAUUUUAAUUUCUUUUAUAUGACUAUCAUAGUAUUCGUAACAGCGUUAAAAAACCUACAAAGCUCGAUAAUCGAAAACUCAAAAUCAAAAUGGCUGACGGUUUUUAUCACCGGUAUCUGUGCUCUGUAACAGCAGUUUAGAGAUUUCAUUAGUUAUCGACUUCUUCGGUUUCAAGUUGUUUAGCGAAACGAAAAUUCAGGUUAUUUCUCAAAAAAUUGCACCAUUUGGGGUUUUUUGCGAGUAGAGGUAGGAAAAU